UUUCCGAGAGACCGAGAGCGAGACUCAACUCUCUCUAGGUAUCUCGUUAAAUAAGCCGAGCCGACUGCCGAGCUCAGUUUACAUAAAUCCGGUUUAUUCAUUAUGCUGAGAAAGUGUCUAUUACCUAUAUGAUCAUAUUAGAUCACUUUGUUACAUUUAUUAGUAAUCAGUAUUCGUAAUCAGUUGCCAAAACUAGCUAGUUUUUUGUGUGGCGGAUACCCGGGGAGAUACAAACCUGGGACGUUAGUUCUUGCCUUGUUGCACUUUGCAGUGUGCAAUGUGUAGUAGCGUGAAGCUUGUAUAGUUUCAAAUUUCAUUUUUAUGGAAUGAUUCCAAUGUUUUGUGAAUAUGCGAUUGUAUAAACUGCGUACUGAUCUAUAAAAGUGAAAUAAAUCGUCAUAACUAUACGUUUUCGUGUCAAUUUAGUGGUUUAAACAAUUGAAUAGUGGCAAAAUGGUAUUUCUUUCAAACACAUAAGAAUCAGAUGUUAAGUCGUCGUCCUAUGAAUAAACAAUAGUGCUCCAAUGAUCGAUCUUAAGAUUAAAGUAUUAGGAGCCAUUUACACAUGGCGAAAAGUCACGUAGGCAUUACUAAAUAUUUCGGUGUGGACUUUUAAAUCGUGCUAUUUUCUUUUGUUGUGGUGACGAUUGAAUGAGCAUUUAUCAAACAUGGAUAGCAAAAAUAUACAAAAAAAUGCCAUGCAGAAAAGUGCUGAAUUUACUUUCACUCCGCCUACCAUGGCCCCAGUAUUCGAGCCUACGCCUGAAGAAUUCAUGGACCCUCUGGGAUAUAUCGCGAAAAUUCGUCCCGUAGCGGAAAAGACCGGCAUUUGUAAAAUAAAGCCCCCAUCGUGCUGGCAGCCACCAUUUUCGCUCGAUGUUGAUAAAUUAAAAUUUGUUCCACGAAUUCAAAAAGUAAAUGAGUUGGAAGCCAUAACUCGCUUGAAACUAUUGUUUCUUGAAAAAAUAUUGAAGUUUUGGGAUUUACAAGGCUCACCUCUAAAAAUUCCCAUGAUUGAAAAUAAAACACUUGAUUUGUAUUGCUUAAAAUUUUGGGUUGAUGAAGAAGGUGGGUUUGAAAAUUGUAAUAGUCCAAAAAAAUGGCGAAAAAUUGCUUCUACAAUGGGGUAUGGUCAAAGCACUAUAACGAUUAAUUUCCUUAGGAAUAAUUAUGAAAAGAUUCUUCUUCCCUAUGAAAUAUUUGAAAAAAGCAAAGCAGACAUUUUGAAAACUGUAAAAAAGGUGGAAAGUAAAACAGAAAUGAAAGAUGAAGGUGAAACUACGAAAGAAAUGUUCAAAGAGAUAAGCAUAGAAUCUAUAAAAAAGAUUGACAAACCACAUUGCAGUAUCAAAAAAAUGAAAACAGGGUCUGACAUUAAAUUGGACCCAGACAGUCCCAAAACAGAUACUGAAGAAAUAAAGCGUACAAGGGAGCUGAGACGACUUGCAUGCUAUGGCCCUGGUCCAAAAAUGCCUGGGCUGAAUGAUGAAGAGUUUGACAUAACAAAGUCACGGAAGAGACCUCGAUAUGAUUUAGAUCCUUUGGCUAUAUACAUUUGUGCAAUCUGUCAAAAAGAUCACAGAGAUGAUUUACUUUUGAUAUGUAAUGGCUGUUCAGAUACGUACCAUACAUUUUGUUUGAAACCUCCAUUGGCUGUAGUGCCUGAUGGUGACUGGCGCUGUCCAUGUUGUAUUGCUGAAGUAGUCCAUAAACCAGCUGAAGCUUUUGGCUUUGCGCAGGCAGAAAGGGAAUAUACUUUACAGCAAUUUGGAGAAAUGGCAGAUAAAUUUAAAUCUGACUACUUUGGAAAGUCUGGCCAUUUGAUACCCAUAAAUAUAGUAGAAAAAGAAUUUUGGAGGAUAAUAUCUUCAGUUGAGGAGGAUGUGACUGUAGAAUAUGGUGCAGAUUUGCACUCCAUGGACCAUGGUUCAGGGUUUCCUACAAAGUCUUCAUUAAAUUUAUUUCCUGGGGAUCAAGAAUAUGUGGAUUCAGGUUGGAAUUUGAAUAAUCUGCCAGUUUUAGAAGGUUCUGUUUUAAGAUUUAUAAAUGCAGACAUAUCAGGUAUGACUGUACCAUGGAUGUAUGUAGGCAUGUGUUUCUCUGCAUUUUGUUGGCAUAACGAAGAUCACUGGAGCUAUUCAAUUAAUUACUUACAUUGGGGUGAAGCUAAGACUUGGUAUGGAGUGCCAGGUAGUGGAGCUGAGCUCCUUGAAACUGCUAUGAAAGCAGCAGCCCCUGAUCUGUUCAAGACACAACCUGAUUUAUUGCAUCAGUUAGUUACAAUAAUGAAUCCAAACAUAUUGAUGGCAGCAGGAGUGCCAAUAUACCGCACAGAUCAACAAGCUGGAGAAUUUGUUGUAACUUUCCCAAGAGCUUAUCAUGCUGGUUUUAAUCAUGGAUAUAAUUUUGCGGAAGCAGUAAACUUUGCCCCUCCUGAUUGGCUUAAAAUUGGCCGUGAUUGCAUAAUGCAUUACAAAUACUUAAAAAGGUUCUGUGUUUUUUCACAUGAUGAACUUAUUUGCAAAAUGGCAUUGGAAGGUGAUCGUUUGGAUUUAGAGACAGCCUUAGAAACACAAAAAGAACUGGUUAAUGCAACAGAAGAAGAAGGAAGACUAAGGGCUUUACUUGCAAAGAAUGGAUUAACAAAUGUUUGUAGGACAGCAUUUGAACUGCUCGGUGAUGAUGAACGACUUUGUGAAAUUUGUAAAACAACAUGCUUUUUAUCAUCUGUGUUCUGUGCAAAAUGUAAACACAUGGCCUGCUUACAACAUGCUCACUCAGAAGAAUUCUGUUCCUGUGCUGUAGAAAAUAAAACUUUAUUUUAUCGUUAUGACAUGGAUGAACUGCAUAUUAUGUUGCAGACAAUUGAUUUUAGAGUAAACAGUUUUGACAAAUGGAUGACAGACACUACAAACAUUCUACUGCCAACUGCACCAGAUAUUGGAAGGCUUCAGAAAUUUAAGCUUUUGGUGGAUGAGGCAGAAGAACUUAAAAUUCCAAAGUGUACUCUAUUAACAAGAUUGAAGGAGCAAUACACAACAGCAUCUCAAAAUGCUGAAACAAUUGUUAUAGAAUUAGAUGAUGACUGAAAUAAUGCUUCAUUCAAAUGACUGAGCAUUAGUACAAAGAUGUAUAAAAUUGAUUUAUUUUAAUAUUAAUGUAUGUGAAUGAAAGCACUAGGUUAACAGAUGAUGCAGUAAUUUUUAUGUUAUCAAAAUUAAUGGCAGCUUUAAUUCAACAAGAAACUUUCUAAUAUCUGACAUAUUAAUGUAAUAUGUAUAUAAUGGAACUUAAAUAAAUAUCCUUUAUUGUAUAUAAUGUUAACCUCUGAAUUUGCAGGUAAUCUUUUAGGUAGAAAUAUUUAAAAUCAACAAAUUUUUUAAAACAUCCCACCGUUUGUUCUAUUUUUCUGUUAAAAGUAUAUUUUCUUAUUAAGUAUGUAUAAAGAAAAUAGUGACUUGUUUUACAAAUUUGAUCUCAAAAAUCUACUGUACAUGUAAGUUUACAGUGAUAGAAUUUUUAGUCUUGUCAGACUAUCUGAUCUGCCUUAGGGACUAGCUUUGUGCCUGUUAAAUUAAUAUUUGCUAGUCAACCCACCUGCAGAAAUUAUGAAAAUAAUAAAAUGUACCCCUUUCCUUAUUUCUUUUGCCCACAACUUUCACAUUGUAAAAGUAAUUGUUUUGUUGAAAUUGGGUCAAUUUUUAAAUUGCCUUAGAACAAAGAUGUCUUUCUAUGCUAUCAUAAAUUAAACUAUAUUUUAACGAAUUGAAUAUAUUGUUACACAUAUUGUGCACUGGACAAGCAAAAGUAUUAUAAUGUCUCUUUAAAUAAGUAUAGAAAGAUUUGUUGCCCAACUGUGCUCGUAAAAACUAUAGGAUUUAUAUGUAGUUGCCUUUGUUAUGGAAAUAAUUAGUAUUAUUAAUAUUUCCAAAACUGUUGAGCAAGUAUUGAGUAGAGCAAGAUGUUUCAUACAAAUAUUUAAAUUUAAAAUAUAGUUAAGUUGAUUACUAUUUAAUUGGUGGAUCUUGUUGUACUGUGUACUGUGGCUCUUGCUGUUCUAUUGCACAAGUAUAUUUGUUGCCCAACUAUGAUUGCAAGUUUGACUAAAACCUACUAAAAUGAUUAGUUAAUUACUAAGUCUGAAGUAUUUCCUAUCAUUUAUUAUUUGAGAUCAGUGUAGCAUUCUAGGCUAUUUAAUGUGUUAGCUUUAAUUAAAGUUGAAAUAUAACUCACUGAGACAUUUGGUUUUAAAUAAGUUUUGUCACUUUAAAGCUAGAAAUAUUGAAAUAUAUAUUAGGCACAUGUAGUUAGUGUACAAGGAGGCUAUGAAAUGUAGGUAAGUACCUAUACAUUUGGGAAUAUAUGUUAGUAACUUAGCCAGUAUUCCUAUUUAUUAUAAUUUAAAUGUUAAAUAAAAGUACUAUUUCUUUAUAACUCCAGAGUAACAUUAUUAAUCUUAAGGUCACAUCUACAUUGAAAAAAAUCAAAUUAAAUGCAUGUAAAAUAUGAAACUUCACUAGAGCAUUGAUAUUUUGUGUUGGAGUUAUGAGGGCGUUUUGGGCCACAAUCUUUACAAAAUACUUAAUGAUCAUUUUCCAAAUGCCCAUUAUAUAUGUGAAGGUAUUCAGUAAGUAGGUACUUUAUAUUAUUUUCUUUAUUAAUGCUUGUGAUUUAUAAACUAAAGGUACCUGGUUAGUGAAGAUGUAGCCUGAGAAUUAAUUAAGAUUAUAUGCCAUUAUUGAACUGAUUGCAUAUUUAGUUUAGUUGUAAGUCAGGAUAUUUAAAUUUUGACAUACAUUUUAUCAGUGAAUUUAUUUUUUCGAGUUAGGGUUUACAAACAUCACAUUUUCGAUUUAACGUGAAUAAUUUAGUUUUUAUUGGAAGGACAACAUUUUUUUUAUCUAAGUACCCAUAUAUUUUUUAUUUAAUUAUGAAUGAAUUAAUUUGAUUAAAUCAUACAAAAAUUCACAGUAAGCAAAUAAAAAAUUACCUAAGCACCUUUAGGCAUUUAACUAGAUAUUAUUGUAGUGAAGUUUUCAUGUGGUUUAUGUAUGAGCGAAAUUUAGUAAGUAAAUGAAAUGAAUUGAUUUGAUUUGUGUGUACACGUUUUGAUGGAAUAAAAUUUGAAUCCUUAAUAAAUAAAAGUAGAUCUUGAAAA